UCUUCAUUACCAUUCCCUUUCACUCAGGAAACAAGCACACUGAGGUUAUGCCAUACAAUCACUUUUCACAUUAACUUCAAAAUGCAGAUUAUAAGGGGAAAAACAAUGAAAUACCCAAGCAUGCUCCUCUGUGGCCUACUGCUGAUCUACUGCCAGGUCACACAUGUGGGGGCACAAGACAUAUAUGUGGCAGAAUUGAUGAUUGAAGGAAAUGCAACCAUGGAUGUGUCAAGUUUCGUGUCUGAAAUGAUAAUGCCAAUCACAGCUACUGUAAACAUUGUGGAUGCUGAAAUAAUAGCUGAGUGUGAGCUGGUUGGUGAUGAGACAACAUGCUGGUGUCAGCCUAAUUACAUUUGGAGUGACCUAGUGUGCGACACUGAACCAACCUGCUGCAACACCAUACAGUGUGUGGCCAAUAUAUCUAAUUUCACACCAAUGUGUGUGCCCCAAGUGAAUGUUACCGUUAAUGGGGUUAUAGUGAUGUCAGCAUAUAACGACCUCACAGCAACGCUAAAAACUAAAUUCCAGACCUUGAAUGGAUACAACUCAAUCACCGUGACACCAUUUACCACUGGUCAGACUUUCACUUUGAGCCUUAAUGCCACAUUUCAGUCUAUCAAAAUCCACAACAUACUUACAAAUCUGAAGGCGACCUUGGCAUAUAUCACAGAUAUUAAUGCGACAUCGAUAGGAAUGGUUGAUAUAGAAAUUCCUCAAGGAAAGGUGUGCUAUAAUUCACGAUACAUGCUAAACUGCAGCACAAUUGAAACAAUGGAGACAUGCACAUGGAUGAUUGGUUAUCCUGGUCAGUACCCACAGAUCAUUGGAACUGGGACAGAAGUGAUUCAAAUGCCUUGUUCAAACCAAACAUCAAUCGACCUUCUCAACAUAAAAGCCUAUUGGGCAGGAACAUACACUUGUCUGCUUACCAACGGCACAGUGUCACAUUCAGCCUCAGGAGUUCUCGACGUUGCCCUCUUGCCAGAGGAAAUUAAUGUCACAAGCGUGCCACAAACUGCAGAUUGCUCUACGGGUUCAUCCACAUCAGUUAUUGUGACAUGUUCAAUCUUUCCAGGUCCAGAAAAUUACACAGUUACAAUCAAUGAUUUACCAACACAGAAAACAGCAAAUGCCCAAAUAAUAAACUACACGUUAACUGUUCCCAUCAACUGCGUGGGAACAAAGGUACCAUCCAUCAGUGCUGUGUGCCAGAUCACAAACACUCUUGCCCAGUUACAAAUUGCCAAUACAACCAUACCAAUAAUAUAUCCUGGGGAUCCAUUCUGUCCUGAUGAUACCAUCUGGCCAAUGACCAAGGGUGCACAAACAGCAACUACAACCUGUUCUGCAACAGGGAGAGUAGGAACUCAAGAGCGGUUUUGCAAUGGCACAAUAUGGGCUGACCCAAUUGAUCUUUGCACAAAAGCAUCACUGAAUGCAUUACUCUCUGUAACAUCGGAUUUUGAAAAAGGAAUUGGUGCCACAACAGAAGGUGCAAUUAGCAUUUUUGAGGGUCUGAAGAAUAGCACUUCAUCUGGCAACUCCUAUGGUGAUGUGAUGGCCACGGUGUCUGUUCUUUCAAUAAUGAGUGGUGCAUCUGGUAGAGUCACGCUGUCAGAUUCCCUUCUACCAAAUUUCAUUGAGUCUGCAAGCAGUCUGCUGAAUACAACCUGGAAAUCACCGAAUCAACAGCGUGAUUAUGGGAUUGCCAUAUCAUAUUUAUCAUCUGUUGAGAACUUGGUGAAAAACAUUGAAUUUAAUAAUAGUGAGGGGCAUAAUUCGUCAAACAUCCAACUUCAAGUCUGCAAGAACAACACUGUAUGCAAUAAAACCCUUUUUGAUGUCGAACUUGCAUUGGACUCAACAUCUGCCGUAGUGAAAACUAUGGGAAUUCAUGGCAUGGCAGCACGUCUCCCAAAGGGUAUUUAUCAAGAGGCAAUAUUUCCGUCCUUGGUUGUCUCUGCUGUAAUCGAAAAUAACGAGUCUGUAACCAUCAGGAUGGCUUAUCCGAUUCCUAUAAAUGACUCUAAUGGGAACACACCAUCAUGCAUAUUUUGGAACAUGACAGAAAAUAAGUGGUCAAAGGAUGGCUGUUUCUUGGAAACCAGUUCUGACAACAUGAGUUACUGCCGUUGCAAUCACCUGACCUCCUUCUCUAUGCUGUUGUCUAAGACUCCUGUUAAUCUGCCUUUCUUAGACCAGAUAACUUACAUUGGCUUGGGAAUCUCCAUCUGCUCACUAAUAGUCUUCCUGAUCAUCGAAGCCUUAGUAUGGAAUGCAGUGGUCAAGUCCAACCUCUCUCACUUCCGUCACACUUCACUGGUCAACAUUUCUCUGUGUCUUCUCAUAGCUGACUGCAGCUUUGUUGCCUCUUCCUUCCCAAACAUUCUGAAUAACACUUUAUGCCUUGUACUGACACUUGCAAAGCAUUUCUUCUACCUGGGCAUGUUUUUCUGGAUGCUCUGCUUAAGCAUGAUGCUUGUCCAUCAGCUAAUUUUCGUCUUCAAUCCACUGAGGAAAAAAGUGUACAUGCCUCUUGCUAUCGUUGUCGGGUAUUUAUGCCCACUGGUGGUGGUGGCAGUGACCUAUCUGAUUUACAGUAGGAGGACGGACGUAACCUACUUCAACCGAUCUUCAUGCUGGUUGACGUAUGCAUCAUCAAUGCAGGGUUCCCUCUACGGUUUUCUCUUUCCUAUCGGCGUCAUUGUGUUCGCUAACUUAUGCUCAAUGGGAGUGGUCCUUUCAACUCUCCUGAAACCUUCCGCAACCCAGAACACUAAAAAGGAUGACAAAGAGGCAGCCAAGAGUGUCGUCAAAGUCAUUGUUUUCCUAACGCCAGUUUUUGGUGGGACCUGGAUUUUAGGGCUUUUUGUGUUUCUGAUGGAUGACAACAGUUUCACCAAGGUUUUAAUCAAUUACGCCUUCACCAUUGUUAACUCCUUACAGGGCCUUUUCAUUUUGCUGACUGGAUGCUUUGGAGAAAAAAGAGUUCGAGAUGAAAUUGUGAAACUUGUUACUGGGGGAUCCAAAAGUGAAAGCAAGACAAACCUAACUACAGCUAAAAAAUGAAGACUGGUAUGUGACAAUAAUUUAUGCAUUUUGCACAGUGUAUGCGUUUACUAGUUUGUACGCUUUUUCAAAUUUAAAGCACAAGUAACCAUCUUUCCUUCUUACACUGCAGGGAUUAAACCAGCCUAAAUCAAAGGCUGAAGAUUUGCCAAAUAGACAGCAGCAGAACACAGAGCAACAGAAACAAUGGCCCACAGGAUACUGUACAUUCAAAUUUAAUCACAGAAAACAAUAGAGACUCAUUUAGCUAAUAUUCGAGACCACUAGCACAAUGCAGUAUGCGGCACUUUGCGUUAGCUAAUGUACAGGUCGAGCCAUUUGGCAAAGUUCCCUUCAAGACUUCAGAUUUGUUUUUGAUUAUAUCGCUUUGCCAAAGAGCUGAUACUGCGUGCUUAAUAUAUAAAUACACACACACACACACGCACACACACACGGACACAUACUCACACACUCGCACACAUUUUCACCAUAUUUUGCCCUUUACCUGUAGUUGUGCUUCAUGUGCUUUUGCUUUUCUGAAGGCAGUUUGACUGCAGUAAUAUAAUUGUUCAUAUAUUGUACAAAGUAUAUAUAUAUAUUUUUUUUUUUCUAAACAGACAGUGGAGACUUAUACAGUUAAGAAAAUUGUUAAAAAUUCAUAGUAAAUAUUUCCCAGUUGCACUUUCUGUGCUGGUGUGAGGUAAAAUGUGUCAGUGAAAGUCUGUUUAUGAAAAACGUAUGGAAAUGUUUGUUUUUAUUUAUGAAAGUAGAAUAUAAUUAAGCACAUCAUUUCAUAAAUGACCAAAUAAACCCCUUAUUUUUGCCUCA